AAUUGGAACCACAACAUUUCCUAGUCUGCGAUCAAAAGCUCACAUUGAGAAAGAGAGAAGUGGAGAAGUCUUUCACAGCAAAAAAAAAAAAAAGUAAAAACCCCACCGGAGAAAAAGAAGAAGAUGUCGUGGCAAUCGUACGUUGAUGACCACCUUAUGUGCGAUGUCGAAGGCAACCACCUCACCGCCGCCGCUAUUCUCGGUCAAGACGGCAGUGUCUGGGCUCAGAGCGCCAAUUUCCCUCAGUUGAAGCCUGAAGAGAUCAAAGGAAUCACCACGGACUUCGAGGAGCCUGGGUUCCUUGCCCCAACCGGUCUAUUUCUCGGUGGAGCCAAGUACAUGGUUAUUCAAGGUGAACCAGGAGCUGUCAUCCGAGGCAAGAAGGGACCUGGAGGCGUUACUAUCAAGAAGACGACUCAAGCCUUGGUCAUUGGCAUCUACGAGGAGCCCAUGACUGGAGGGCAGUGCAACUUGGUUGUGGAAAGGCUCGGGGAUUACCUCAUCGAGUCUGACCUCUAAAUUUUCAGUUUCAAAGUCUUCUUUUUAACUAAAAAAUGCUCUUUGUCAUUGUGAUUGAAUCGUUGUGCUAUCAAAACGCAAAUCAAUUUGAAGCCUUGGAACCAAUAUCUUGUUGUUGGUCUUUGUUACUGGGUUUGUGUCUCUUAUGUAAUGGCAUUUGGAUCAUCUUUUUUUAUCCCUUCAUAUGUAUUGUGUUUUUUCUUUAGAUUU